GGUGGAUGUGAGAAAAUUUUAAUCUAUUUGAUACACAUUUUAAGUCUUAAAAUUUGGUGUUAAUCAGAUCCAUAACUAUAUAUAUGAUGAUGUCAUAUGAAAUUCCGAGUAGUUAGAGCCUUCAGCAUAUAUUGGUAUUCAUCUCUUCAUUGGGAAGACAGAAGAAAAAACGAUGUCUGGUUCAGUAGUUGCAUCAAGAAACCAGCAGGAGUCACCAUCUUCCAGAACCCAACGUUCAUCCCCAUCCUUCAUGUUGAGAGUGGCAAUGAGAAUAUCCAGAACCAGGUGGUUCAUCUUCCUUAGAAGGGUGUUUCACUACCAGAAUGGUCAUAAUAAUGGAUUAAGGCUUCCCCCUUAUGAGGAUGAUCUGGGAUCCAACCCAUUCAAUUCUUUGACUUGGAUGAUGAUGGAGUUCAUCACUUUGACUGUCCAAAUACUUAUUACAGCAUACAUUCUGGCUGUCUCCAGGGAAGAUAGGCCUGUUUGGCCUACAAUGAGGAUUUGGGUCAUUGGCUAUGUUUUCGGUUGUAUGCUCAGCCUUUUGCUGCUCUACUUCCGGUAUUGGGUAUUCCAUUUGAGCCAAACGUAUCCUUCAUCUGCAUUUUCUGAUAUAGAGCAGCAGAGAAGACCAGGAAGAAGUCUUGAGGAAUCCAGACUCCCAAUGAUGGAGAAAUGCAGGACCUUAAUCGAGCUAUUCUUCGCAAUAUGGUUUGUGAUGGGGAACAUUUGGGUCUUUGAUUCACGGUUUGGGUCUUCAAAUCCUCCAAAUAAGCUCCUCAUCCUCUGCAUCUCCCUCCUUGCCUGGAAUGCAGUCACCUACUCAUUUCCAUUCCUAUUGUUUGUAUUGAUGUGUUGUUGCGUCCCACUGGUUAGCAGCUUCCUAGGAUACAACAUGAACAUGGGAUCCAUUGACCGAGGGGCAUCCGAUGAACAACUCUCAUGUUUACCAACCUGGAAGUACAAGGAACUCAUCAUCAACAAUUCGGAAUGGGAGAAUCAAAACCCGGAAUGUUGCAUUUGCUUAGCACAAUACAGUGAAAAGGAAGAGAUCAGGAAACUCCCUUGUUCUCAUAUGUUUCAUCUCAAGUGUGUGGAUCAAUGGCUGAGAAUAAUAUCACGGUGUCCACUGUGUAAAAAUGAAUUAGAUAAAUAGUUGAAGAUGAUGGUAAAAGUACAUCAUAUUCUCAUGUGGUAUCUUUAUAGAAGUUUAGUUUAAUAUAUUGAAGUGUGUAUAGUUACCUUUUUGGUUGAGUUAGAUUCAAUUUAAAGCCCUAGUAAAAUUUGAUCUAAUUUGAUAAUUUGAUGGAUGAUGGCAUCCCAUUAUUUGGAUUAAUCAUUUAGGAUUUGUUUUGCUC